AGGGUGUGGAUUAAGGACAUCACAAGAGGAGACAUUUGCGCCGGGAGCUGCUGAGUCAGAAACCAGGGCUGCGGUUGAGUGUUUGCUGUGAGAGGAACAAAUUGACACCACCUUUAACCAUUAACAUCAUGGCAGCAGAGCUCCUCCAGGCCACUGGGGGCAGAAUGGAGCAGAUGGAACAGCAGAUGAGGCAGGUCUCCACCUCCUCCACAAGCUCCACCAAGCUGUGGAGAGUGUCCCAGGGCUUGUCAAGGAACAUGGAAGAGCAAUCUGGAUUUCAGCGUAAGACAUCAGCUGUGGGGGAGACCUUCAGCCAGGUACAGAAAUCCCCACAGAUCCCCGAGGGAGAGUCUGUCCCAGAUUUCGAGGAAAAGCUGCGCCCCGUCUCGGCCCAAGAGGGCGGUGAUGCCGUGUUCAAGGCCAAAGUGACUGGGAAUCCUCAGCCCACUGUCCUGUGGGAGCGAGCCGCUGGGCGCCCACUGCCUGCUGCAGCCAAAUCUUUGUGCGACAACAUCAGCAGUCAGCAUAUACUCAAGAUCAAAAGCUUGGCACAGGAGGAUGCCGAUGUCUACAAGUGCAUUGCUUCCAACAAGCACGGAGAGGCCACAUACUCCGUCUCCCUCGUUGUGACAGAAAAUCCAGCGAUGGACUUCAAAAAGAAGCUGAAGAAACGCAGCGUGGAGAAAAGAGAGGAGAAGAAGAAACCACCUACAGAGGAGGAGAUGUUAAAGAUCCUGUCUGGAGCUGACAAGAAGGACUACGAGAGGAUCUGUGCCGAGUACGGCUUCACCGACUUCAGAGGCAUUCUGAAGAAGCUGAAGGAGAUGAAGAAGAAAGUGGAGGUGGAGAUUGUGCGCGUGUUGAAGCCCCUGGAGGACAUCACUGCCAAAGCUGACAUCAACGUCGUCUUCGAUACCAUCUUGGAACUGAAGGAUCCGAACAUCCGGAUGCAGUGGUUUCUGGGCACAGAGCUGCUGCGGAUCCAGCGCCCUCAUGGGAAAUACGAGGUGAAACAGAUGGGAACCAAACACAUGCUGUGCAUUUCUAGUGUGAGCCUCAGUGACAUGGGAACCUACACUCUGCAGGUUGGAGACAAAAGACUGUCAGCCAGGCUUAAAGUCAUAGAUGAACCCCUGAAAUUUCUAUCUGAAUUCAAGCCAAAGAAAGUAACAGAGCGCCAGACUGCCGUGUUUGAGGUCCGUCUCUCUAAGAAGACAGACGCGCCGCUCAUCUGGAAGGUGAAGGGAAAGGAAGUGAGAAGAGAUGAGAAGUUUGAGGUGUCCCUGUCUGAAGAUGGCCUGACGUACACCUUGAAGAUCAAGGACGUUAAAGUCAGCGACACUGGGGACUACACCAUCAGCAUUGGAGACCUCACUGCGACUGUGCCACUUUUCAUUGAGCGGAUUCCCAUCACGUUUACCAGCAACCUGAAGAACGUGCGUGUGCAGGAGAGAGGAAUGGCCCACCUCGAGUGUGAGAUGAGCUCCAAGGACGUGCACAUCCGCUGGCUGAAGAAUGGCUGUGAUAUCCCAGCGAGUCGUCGCUACAUCUUCGUGCACGAGGGAAAGAGGGCAGAGGUCAUUAUCGAGGACUGCGAGCUGGCAGACGGGGGAGAAUACUCCGCCGUCUGCACUCAGGACAACGACACUCACAAAUAUGUCACUUGUGCCACUCUAACCGUGGAUGAACGUUUUGCAUCAGUGAAGAGCGGUUUGUCAGACACUCAGUGUCCCACAGGCUCUCCAGCUGAGCUGUGCGUUGUACUCGAUGGUGAGAAGGUGGAUGGAGUGUGGCUGAAGGAUGGAGUGGAGAUUUCAGAGCUGAAGGGGGUUCAGGUGGUCAAACAGGGAGCCGUCCACAAGCUAAUCUUCUCUGGUGUGACUCAUUCUCAUGAGGGCAAAUAUACAUUCAGAGCCAAGGGAGCUGAGAGUGAGGCUGUGCUCACUAUUGCAGACCCUCCACAGAUUGAUGCGUCCGUGUUGGACCUGCUGGGCGCCCGGCCUGUGACCGUUAAGGCUGGACAGACCGCUGCCAUUAAGAUUCCCUUCAAAGGGAAACCGCUGCCCAAGGUCACCUGGUACAAAGACGGGGUUGAAGUCCAGGAGGAUGAAAGAACCAAGGUGGAGAGGACAGCUGACUGCACCUCCCUAGUGCUCAGCAGAUGUGUGCGAGAGGACAGUGGUGCAAUUAUGCUCCGCCUGAAGAGUGACUGUGGCACCGCUGUUGCUAACCUGCAUCUGAAUGUGAUUGACCAUCCAAAGUCUCCUCAGGGGAAAGUGGAGUUCUCCGAGCUAUCAGGAGAGUGUAUCAAAAUGAAGUGGAAGGCCCCCCGGGAUAAUGGAGGGAAGCAGCUGACCAGCUUUGUGAUCGAGCGGCGGGCGGCGGGUAAGAAGUCCUGGACCAGGGCGGGUGAGGUUGACAGCAGCAGCACCGUCUUCAGUGAUGACAAAGUGGAGGAGGGCCAGGUGUACCAGUACCGCAUCAGAGCUGUCAAUGCAGAGGGAAUGAGCGAACCUCUGGAGACAGAAGAGGUGCGCGCUGGAGAGCCUGUAGAGCCUCCAGGCACAGCAUCCCAGCCCCAAGUGUCUAACGUAACAAAGAUCACCAUGACAGUGAGUUGGAUUCCUCCAGCCUGUGAUGGAGGAGCCCCAGUUCUAGGCUACAUUCUGGAAAGGAAGAAGAAAGGCAGCAAUAUGUGGCUGCAGGUCAAUAAGGAGCUGCUAACAGGUACAAAAUUCACGGUGGAUGGACUGGUGGAUGAUGUAGAGUAUGAAUUCAGAGUCACCAGUGUGAACAGAGCUGGCGCCGGCUCUCCCAGCACCAUCUCUAAUGCUGUUCUCGCCAAAGACCCGAUACGUGCUCCUGGCCUGGUGAGGAACCUGUGUGUGACUGACUCCACAAACUCCUGUAUCUCUCUGCGGUGGACACCUCCUGAGGAAGGAGACCAACCCUCAGGCUACAUCCUAGAGGUGCGUCCUGAAGAUGCUAAAGAGUGGACGAAAUCCACUAAAAUCCCGAUAGCUGGCACUGCCUUCACCGUUGGAGGACUUCAGGAGCGGAUGAAGUACCACUUUCGUAUCCGAGCUGUCAAUGAAGGAGGGCUAGGGGAGACCAUUGAGUUGCAGGAAGGCGUCCUGGCAAUGCCUCCACCUGUGGCACCCAGGUUCGAUCUCCAAGGAAAGCUGAAGAACCAGAUGGUGGUACGCGCCGGAGCAACACUUUGUCUGCACCUCAGCUUCACUGCGUCACCUCCUCCAGUCAUUACCUGGUUUAAAGAUGGCAUCCUCACUACAGGAAGAGAAGUCAUUACCAAGAGCAAGACCAACUCCCAGUUCCUUAUUUCCUCGUCUCAGCGAUCUGACUCUGGUGUCUACCGUGUUCACCUGAAGAAUGACUAUGGAGAGGCUCACUAUGAUGUCAGUGUGAGGAUUACAGACUUUCCUCGACCCCCCAAAACCCUGCGUCUGUUAGAGGAGGUCCCGGGCACGGUGACCCUGCAGUGGGAUCACUCUCCUGACUUAAUCGACAACAAUGAUGGAGCACAUUACAUUAUUCUCAAACGAGACACCAGCACUGCCUCCUGGUUCACUGUGGCCGAGCGGGUCUUCAGCAGCAAGUACACAGUCACUGGACUGCUUCCUGGGAGGAAGUACUACUUCAGGGUCAUUGCACGAAACUCUAUCGGGGACAGCGACCCACUGGAUUCAAAGGAUCCUGUCAUCAUUGCAAAGGAAAAGGAGUGCAUCAGCAGCUUGCGGUUGAAAGAAUAUACCUCACCAGCACGCCAAGUGAAGCCAACUUUCCUGUUGCCUCUCAAAGACCAUGCUGUUCGCAGAGGCCAUGACUGCACGAUGAGCUGUGCCUAUCAGGGCCUGCCAACUCCACAGGCCUGCUGGUAUAAAGGAGAAUCGAAGAUCUCUGACUCCUCCCGCUUCUGGCACAGCACAGCUAACGGAGUUUGCACCCUGGUCAUCCCCACCUGUGGAGCUACAGAUGGUGGAGAAUACACACUAGUGCUGGAGAACUCUUCGGGGAUGGCCAAGUGCUCCUGCAGCCUUGUGAUCUUUGAUAAGGAUGACAAGUCUCUGUUGGAGAGCCUGACCAACCAGGCAAACAAAGAGAAGCUUAUUUUGUAAGAAGUCUGCAUAAAGCGCUGCCGUCACGCACGUAUUUUUGAUUGCUUGGCUGACAUUUUAGCUGCACGACACUGACAACAACUUUGUUUUGUGACAUCACGGAAAAUGUUGAUUGACAUCAUGUUUUUACCCUUUAUUUGCCAUGGCUCAGUCUUUGCAUAAAGUGACCACUAGAGGUCAGACUUGUUCCCAUUCAUUUAAUGGGACUCUACUUGAGAGGCAGAUUAAUGUUUGGCGUGCUGGGGGGGAUUUUCCCUCAUUACUGAGAUUAGUCAGCCAGUGAAAUUGUACUUUCUCUCGCUUGAGGAAUUUGACUUAAGUAUUUUCUCCCCUUCUUUCCAACUUGAUCUGUUUCACAAUCUUUUCUGUGCAAGCCCACGUGCCAGUCAAGUAGAAUGGUUAGAGAGUGAUUCCACAUAGCAUUAAAAACUCAAUCUACAACCAAUUA